GUCUGCCUCCGGGGGAGAUGUCGUUGCCGCCUGUCGCCAGCUUCGUGGCAGGCCCGGGCAGCGCCUGCUCGCCCUCCUCCUCCGUCACCAAGCGGGUCCUAGAAAAAGACCGUUUCUUGGUUGUCUAGCAACGAGUUUCCUCGUGAGAGGCGUCGGAAGCGCGCCGCUCCCCAUCCUGGGAGUUGUAGUCACUCUGCGUUAACCGUUCCCAUACUGUUGAGCGAUAGUAGGAGCCAGGCUGGACUACAGCGACCGAGAGCCACCGGGGAAAGCCUAGAAAAAGGCUCACCUCACACGCCUCCCAAAUGCAGGGCUGCCCUGAGUCUGUCGGAGCCACGGAAAGAGCGGCGGCGUGUAGCCCGAGACCCGCCUGGGGAAGCUCGCCGAGUUACUCUCCCUUCAUGAGGGAGGCCGGAGGGGAGUCGGGCUUGGCGGAGUCUCUGGAGCGGUGUCAGCAACGCCUGCACGACCGCGCUACUAAAAGCCACGCUCAAUUGAAGUAUGCCUUCGGUGAAAAAGAUCUGGCAAUGGGAGAAGGUGCUCAGUUAUUUUCUAAUACAGAUCCUAAUGAGAGUGAGAAUAAAGCUUGGCAGGAGCUACAGCACAACCAUGCAGUUAAUCAACUUAAAGCUUUAUUACGACAACAAGAAGAAAAAGAGUCUGAAACAUCCCCAUCGAGGAGGAGGAGAAUGUCACCCACAAGAAUAUCUAAUGCUACAGAUCAAAAUUUGCCUGCCCUUUGUGAUCUCAUUUCUAUCAUUAAUGACCAGUCACAAUACAUUAACCACUUAGAAGCUGAAGUCAAGUUUUGCAAGGAGGAUUUAUCUGAACUGAAGUCUCAAAUAUGUGCAGUUGUGCUUGAAAAUGAGAAACUCCAUGAUAAACUGGAAGUAACAGCAGAACACACUUUGAGAGAACAAACCCUUCUGGAUGCCUCAGGAAAUACACAAAAUGCCGGUGGUGAUGAUUCUCAUGUUUGUGAAACUGCCAAAUCGUCUCAUAUCAACGAGCAGGCUACAGCAGCUACAUUUCUGAUGGAUAAAUGGCAGCUAGAACUGGAAAAUCUAAAAUGUCUCUAUCAAGAACAGACAGAAGCACUUGAAACUCAGGUCCUUUCCCUAAGAAAAGAGUUAUCAGAGUCUCAAAAAAAGUGUGAAGAUCUGAGUGGAAGAUUAAAGCAUCAGCAUUUGCUCAGUGCCCCAAGUAGUUCCAUCAGAGUUGGUGGCCUUUGCUUACAAUGUGCACAGCACGAAGCUGUUCUUUCCCAGACACAUUCAAAUGUCCACAUGCAAACCAUUGAAAGGCUAACAAAUGAAAGAGAUGAGCUAAUGGCAGCACUUUCUUCAGUCAGAGUAAACCUAAGUGAAAUGCAGCAAAGGGAAGCUAACACUUAUGAACAAGUGAAGCAUGCUGUACACAUGACGGAAGAAGCAAAUUUGGAAAGAACUAAGGCUCUAGUCCAAUGUGAACAACUUAAAAAGGAGAUGGAGAGAAAGAAAGAGCGUCUGGAAAGGGAAUUAGCAAUCCAAAUAGAUAAGAGGGCUGAAGAGCGAGAAGCAGUUCGUGAAGAAAUGAAGAAAGAAAAAGAGAACUUGUCAUCGUUGGUUAUGUCUUUAUCUCAGAAUGUGGCUAGCUUGGAGGGUCAGGUUGACAGGAUUACAAGAGAGAAGAUUUCUUUAGCCAAUCAGCUGGAAGAAGCUCAGAAACAAAAUGCUUGUCAUGAUAUUGAGAUAAAUAAGGUGUGUGGAGAAGUAUCCUAUCAGUUGAAUCUUGCCAAAAUGAAGAAGGAUGAGGCAGAAAAGGAACACAGAGAGUAUAGAAUAAAAACUGUAAGGGAACUUGAAAUUAAAAACCAGGAAAUAGAGAAAUUGCAAGUGGAGCUCAAUGAAUAUAAACUGCGUUUGGAGCAAGCACUGCAGGAUACAGCAAGAGCUAAGGAAGAAUGUCUGAAACAAACAGAAUUGCUGGGUAAAGCUGAGCACCAACUGCACCUCACCAGGUUAGAAAAAGAGAACAUUCAGCACAGCUUUAGCAAUGAGGCAAAGACUCAAGCCCUUCAGGCCCAGCAGAGAGAGCAGGAGCUGACACAGAAGAUGCAGCAAAUGGAGGCCCAGCAUGAUAAAACUGUGAAUGAACUGGAUUCCUUGCUGAGUUCACAGAAUGCACUCUUAUCAAAAUUAAAAGAAGAGUGCUGCACAUUGGCCAAGAAACUCGAAGAUAUGACAGAAAAAAACAGGUCUGAAGUCAGCCAGCUUACUCAGGAAAACGAAUAUGUCCAUGACAGACUUGAGAAAAUGCUGAAAAGGAAUGAUGAAUUGGAGGAGCAGUGUAUCCAACAUGGAAGGAUGCAUGAGAAAAUGAAGCAAAGGUUACAGCAGCUUGACAAGCAUUGCCAGACUACUGCCCAGCAGCUAGUGGAGUUGCUGAACAAGCAGAAUGAGCUAUACAAGGAGAGGCAGAUGCUUACAGAGGAGGUGGAGUUCCUGAGGAUUCAGGUACCACUCAGAACCAGGAAAAAAUGAAUAAAAGCUGGAGAAAAA